AUGGACAGCUUUAGCGAGUACCCGCCAAACCUGUCCGUCAAAGAUGCCCUCGUAGUCCGUCAGGCCCAGCCCGCCGACCACGCGGUAGUGCCCUACACGGGCGACGACCUCGCGCGCCCGCGCCUCGGGCCGGCGAACCCCUUCCGCGACGACUCGGCAGCCUCAACAGCGGCAUCUGCGAAAAAGCGCAAGAAUGUUCUCACGGGGCAUGCCGAGGAGACCUUCAUCUCCGAACAUACCUUCCGCGCGAAGCACCGCGCCAUCGAACGCGCAGGGCUGCCCGAAAGAGAGGGCAUGAGCAACAGGGAGCUGAAGGAGGUCAAUAAGAAUCUGAGGGCAUCGAGGGAGGGGAAAGGCGAUGCCACCGUUGCAGACGGGGACGGGGCGUACGUAGGCCCCUGGGCGAGGUUCAAGAAAAAAGAGUAUGAGCUCGUUGAGGUCGAGGAAGGGCACGAGGAAGGGAGUGAGGGCGAAUACGAGAUUAUUGAGGAGGGGGAAAGUGACGAGGAGGAGGAGGUGGUACCGAGCGGGACGGUGGUGCCACCGCCGGCCGAGUCGCUAGCGCGGAGAAAAGAGGUGGAGGAGCUGGGCGACGAGACGACCACCUUCCAUGCGGAAAGCGAGUACGACUAUCUCGGCAGGACGUAUAUGCAUGUGCCGCAGGAUUUGGACAUCUCGUUGACGAAGGAGGUUGGGAGCGUGACGAAUUACAUCCCCAAGAAGCUCAUCCACACGUGGCGCCACCACGGGAAGCCGAUCACGGCGCUGCAGCUGUUCCCGCGCUCGAGUCACCUCGGCUUGUCGGGCGCCGCGGAUGGCAUGGUCAAGAUUUGGGAUGUCUACCGGCAGAGAGAGCUGCUGCGAACCUUUGCUGGGCACAACAAGGCCGUCACGGACUUGUCGUUCAAUAAUGAAGGGACUAAGUUCCUGUCGGGCGGGUUUGACCGACGGAUUCGGCUCUGGGACACGGAAACGGGGCAAUGCAUUAACCGCUUCAAUUGCGGCAAGACGCCGCAUGUCAUCAAGUUUAACCCCUCCGCGGAGAACGGGCACGAAUUCCUGGCAGGCCUCUCCGACAACCGCAUUUUGCAGUACGACAGCCGUGCCAGCAACGAGACGGUGCAGGAAUACGACCAUCACUUGGGGGCCAUCAACACGAUCGAGUUCAUCGACGAGAACAGGAGGUUCAUGUCUACAUCGGACGACCGCUCGCUCAGAGUAUGGGAGUACGGUAUUCCGGUUGAGAUCAAGACGAUCAGUGAACCGGACAUGUUCGCCCUCACAAAAUCCGCCCAGCACCCUAGCGGCAAGUAUGUUCUCUACCAGUGCAGCGACAACUCCAUCAUCGCCUACUCUUCCGGGUCGGACAAGUUCCGCCAGCACCGAAAAAAGGCGUGGCGCGGCCACAACACGGCAGGCAGCGCCAUCGGGCUUACCUGCAGUCCAGACGGCCAGUUCGUGGCCUCAGGCGACACGGCGGGCAGCGUCUGCUUCUGGGAUUUCAAGACGUGCAAGAUGUACAGCAAGCUCCCCGCAGACAGCUCAGGCGGCACCAUCAACUGCGUGGCGUGGUCCGAACAGGAAACAAGCAAGGUGUUUACUGCGGGCGCAAAGGGGGAGAUUAAGUUGUGGGAUUAA